AUGGCGGGGAAAACAAGAAGAGGAGGAGGAGCAGGAGGAGGGGGAGAAGAAAAACAGGAAGCAGUCCGGCUAAAAUCCAUAGCGGAGAAAAAAUACAUACAGUCGGAGCUGAAACCUGCCCUAAAGUUCGCCAAGAGAGCGCAGCGCCUCCAUCCCCAACUACAAGGCAUCUCCGAAUUGGUCACCGCCUUGGACAUCCUCCGCAUCGCCUCCAAGGAGUCCACCACCCACACUUCUGCCCUUCCUGACUGGUACAAGAUCCUGCAAGUAGAGCCCUUCUCCCACAUCAACUCCAUCAAGAAACAGUACAAGAAGCUUGCCCUCCUUUUACACCCCGACAAGAACACUUCCGUUGCCUCCGAAGAUGCCUUCAAGCGCGUCGGCGAAGCCUUCCAAGUCCUCUCCGAUAAGGUACGUCGCAAAGAAUAUGACCUCAAGCUUCGUAUCUCUUUACAAUCCCAGGCUACGGCAGCAGCAGCCACCACCACCUCAUCCUCCGUCGGUACAUUCUGGACUGCCUGUACGACUUGUCGCUUGUUCCACCAAUUCGAAAAACGCUAUAUUGGUCACCGUCUCAUGUGCCCUAGCUGUAAGAAGAGCUUCUUAGCUGUCCAAGUUACGUUUGGUGAGUCGGAAGACGAUGAAACUGCGGUUAGGGUUAGAGCUUCUAGUGCUAGGGUUCCUACCCAGAAGAACAAGAAGAAUGAGAAGGCGGAGGAGGAGGAAAAUCUAAGAACGUAUGUGCGAAGACAUUUGAGAAAUGUGAAUCUGAAGCGGAAGAUCGAUUCUAUUGAUUCAUCAUUGGAGGCAUCUCAUUCCAAGAAGUUAAAGCCCAGAGGCGAAAUGACCUUGGCAGAGAUGCAAUUGGAAGCAAAGCUGAAAGCCAAUUUGAAGAGGAUGACAGCCAAGGAAAAGAUGAAGGAUACGGAUUACUCAGAAGGGAAGCAGGAGAAGAAGACGAGGGAGAGAUCAGUGGGUUCUGAGAAUACGGAUUACUCAGAAGGGAAGCAGGAGAAGAGGACGAGUGAGAGAUCUGUGGGUUCUGAGAAUGGUGUUCUCGAAAUUACUACGGUCGAGGAUUCAGAGAGUAAUGGUAUUCACAAGCAUAAGAUGGAGCUUAGGUCUAGGAAAGCUCAGGAUAAUAAGGAAAACGAGAGGCAAAACUCUUCAAAGAGUAGGCAUUUGGUGGUCAAAGAUUUGGAUUUGUAUGGUUUAGACAAUGAUAGGAUCAGGCAUGGUAUUAAGAAAGUUCAGAAAAAGCUAAAGGAGAGAACGAGGGGGAAAGGUAACAAGGAGAAGGAGAAGCCAUCGGAGAGACAACUGGUUUCAAAGAGUAAUGGAUUUGAAGCUUGGACUGCGAAUGAUUCUGAUUUCUAUGAUUUUGAUAAGGAUAGGAUGGAACAUAGUUUUAAAAAAGGCCAGGUAUGGGCUGUUUACGAUGAUGAUGAUGCCAUGCCUCGGCAUUAUGGUUUGAUUGACGAGGUCAUCUCGGAGUAUCCUUUUGAGGUGAAGAUGAGUUGGUUAAACAUACAGAACAAUGGAGAUGCAUCUUCAAUCUGUUGGGAGAAUUCAGGUUUCCAUAUCUCAUGUGGAAGGUUCAAGGUCGCUAUGAAGACUGCCUUCAAUUCAGUGAAUUUCUUUUCACAUCUUGUGGAUUGUGAAAGAGUGGCAAAGGAGGCUUACUGUAUUUACCCAAAAAAGGGUUCAGUCUGGGCUCUUUAUAAAGGGGAAUCUUUGAAUGGUGAUGAAAGUUUCCUGUCUUGUGGCAAUAACCGUUGCUAUGACAUAGUCGUGUUCCUCACUAGUUACAGUGAGUUGCACGGAUUGAGUAUGGCGUACCUCAAGAAGGUUGAAGGCUUCAAGACAAUCUUUAAGAGGCAAGAGGUUGGAUGUCAUGCUAUUAGAUGGCUUGAGAAAGAUGAUGUUCGAUUAUUUUCGCAUCAGAUUCCUUCAAGGAAGCUUUGUGGUACUGAGGCCCCAGACCUACCAAAAGACUGUUGGGAGCUUGAUCCGGCUUCACUUCCGCCAGAUUUGCUUUAUGUUGGUAUGGGGAACUGACUAUUAGUUGCAGAAGCUAUGCUUUAUGGUAAUCUAACUACUUUGAUGGAAUCAUGGGGUUGAUAUGAAACAUGCUUCCAUAACGUAUUUGGUUUGAUGUGAGACCUGCUUCACUUCAUUUUGGUAUCAUAACUUCUGCUAUUUUCCCCCCUUCAUGUAAAUAUAUUCGUUUUGUGCUAGUUUUGGUUUACAUAUUUGGCUAACUCUAAUGACUUUGAAACACAUUAUUUUAGCUUAUUUAAAGCUUACUAGAUCAUGCAGCUGUAUAAAUUGGAAACACAUUUUAGUAGCACAUGCUCUACAUUCAUCUU